AUGGCAAGCCCUUUUGCUUCAAUUGCCAAUCAGAGAGUCACGUCUCAACGACCGCCGCGACAAACACCAGAACUAGAUUUUGACAGAUGCGCUGCGUUACACAACACAAUAGCCAUCUAUGGCUGGCUACGUAGUGGCCGUAAGGUCGCUGACAUGGACCGCAAAACCUGGUGGCAGAAGCGCGGCAAUUCUACUUUGGAAGUCCUCUUACGGCCGUCUCUGGUCAAAUACCUCAAGAAAAUCUUCGACUUACCUGGAGGAGACGGAAGCCAUUUCUUUUACUACAUCAGCAGAGUUUCCAAGCCGAGAGAGAUGCUGUAUCUUGGAGAUUUGCUGAAUGACGAAGAAANNAAGAAGAUCAAGGGAGAGAAACAUCGAUUCAUUACUUUGUACAUGACGAACAAGGAGUUGGUCAGCCAACGGAGUGGCAUUGUUGCAGAUNACGAUCAAGAGACUGGCAAAGCAAUCUUCAUGCCUACUUUUCUACACAUCUUCGACCUGUACGACCAAAACUUGCCAUGGCAAAGACUGGAAUCAAUUCUUAGCGCUUAUAUCGACAUGAUCGAAGCAGGAAAAGCUGUGGCCUUGCACGAAUCUAUCGGUCGCGAGCCACGUCUCGGACCAGUUCAAGGUGCAGAUGGUCAAACUUCCUGGCAAGAAAUCGCACCUUCAGGGCCAAAAGUAGACCCUUAUACUGGAGCCCGUCGAUCACGCUACGACACUCACCCAUGGAGUCUGGUUUCCUACACUCAUGGCGACUUGACAUCGUGUCUAAAACUUUGGGAGGAGCUGUUUACAGUGAUCGAGAUCAAGAGCGGAUUACGAGAUGAAGAAGAAGAUCCAAACACCACGCCUCUCUGCAGUCGGUCUGGUCUUUCCGCAGCAGGCGUACCCAGAGGAUUUGCCUACGAUCUGCUGUCCCACGCCCGUCAACCACGAAUCUGGUAUGUAGCGCCAGGUAUCCGCCUACCUCAAGCUUCCGAAUUCGUAAAUCAACCCUUCAAACACGUUGCUGCAAGAUACCCAAAAGAGACUGAAGGCAUCAAGAUGCCAUUUCUGUUCUUCCGCGCCGAGGGUACGGUGACCUCAAAACAAGCAAACUUCCGCUGGCCGUUCAGCACUGUGCAGGAAGUACCUUGCGGUCUCUACCUCGACUCGUACCCGAACAAGGAGAAUCCAUUCGAAGACGCCUGUCGUCUCGUUCUCCCCCUUGCGGUAGGAGGAAACAAGAAAGCCAAAACUAGUGAUGGUAGAUUGAUGCAGAAGAGUCAUACAGAGGUCUACGCUCAUGGCAUCAAUCCAUUCACUUUGCGCCAUGGCCCCAAGUUGACAGCGAUAUUGGAGAAUUGGUUGAUGAAUGUCAAGAGUGGGCAUUGGACUGUGGACGAGCAGGGUGUUUCUGGCGGUGUAGAGGCAUGGAAGCAGGCGGACACGGAAGAGCAUUGGGACAAGUACGUUUCGGCGCAUUUAGCAUUGUAG